CAGAACUCACUAGUUAUUAGCAGCCUUCGGUUAGGUUUUUCUUUCCCUUUCCAAUAACUGUGAUGGCCUUUUCGUCAGAAAAAUUUUUCCCAGUCCCUCUUAUUUUACAAAUCAUGUGCGAGGGUCAAUCAAGUAUCUUAAUAAAUUCGUUGCUUGAAGGGCCCUCGUACAAUGAUUUGACGCUGUUGAAGGAGAAUUUAACCUCUUGGUUACUAAUCAACAAUAAGACAGAGUAUUACAUACCUUCUAAGUCAGAAUACCUAAAAAUGGGUUCGUCCAUAUGCCAUUACUUUCCGUUGACGACGAUUGAUUCCCGGUCUUGGGCUAAAUUAUUUAUGACAUACGCCGAAGUCCAAAGAUCCAAAAAUUUCAUAUGAACGAGCUGUCAAUAGAAUGGUUUUCCGAUUUA